GUAACCACCAAUACACAACAGGAGAAAUACAUGGGAUGGAUCAGCGUGAAAACGCCGCUCCUCUUCCAAUCCAAAUCGCUCUGCUUUUCCCUGCUCUACCUCCUCACCACCCUCCCCCUCUCCAUCUACGUCUCCUUCUCCCAAUCUGGGUGCCUCUUCCGCUCCCCCACCCACCGCCGCAGCCCCAACCCCCGCCUCUUCUCCUACCCCGGCUCCUAUGGCGAGCACAAGUACGCCCUCCCCACCACGCGACCCGAGUGCUCCUCCCCUGCCCACUUCUCAGAUUACGCCAAGGUGUUUGAGGAAAUCCGCGAAUUGCGCGGCAAUCUCUCGCGGGGGAACUCGUCCGCCUCCCCUGUUUUGAGGUACCGGACGGGUAAAGCCGACACCUUUGCGGGGAAUUUCUCGACCCAGAUGAGGAAAUCGUUCUUCAAUCACAGCGAUGAUGGGGUUGAGGUCCCUUGUGGAUUUUUCAAGGAGUUUCCUAUAAGAGAAUCUGAUAAAUUAGCUAUGAAAAAGUGCGACGGCGUCGUCGUCGUAUCGGCGGUCUUCGGCGACCACGACAAAAUCCGGCAGCCGAAAGGCUUAGGAGCUCAAACUCUGGAAACUGUUUGCUUCUUCAUGUUCAUAGAUAACUCUACUCAUAAAGCCCUCGCCGCUCACAAAAUUCUUAGUGAUGGAGAUAAGGGAAUCAACAUAAUAGGAGCAUGGAGAAUAGUGAGGGUUUUUACCGAUGAAUUGCCUUACGAGAACCCCGCUAUGAACGGUGUGAUCCCGAAGCAUUUGAUUCACCGGCUCUUCCCGAAUUCUAAGUUCGGCGUAUGGUUGGACGCGAAGCUGCAGCUAACUGUGGACCCACUGCUUCUAAUUCAUUCACUUUUGAUCGCGAAGGACGCGGACAUGGCGAUCUCGAAGCAUCCAUUUAAUGUACAUACUAUGGAAGAGGCAAUGGCAACGGCGAGGUGGAGGAAGUGGGGAGAUGUUGAGUCUUUGAGGGUUCAGAUGGAGACCUACUGUGAGAAUGGUUUGCAGCCAUGGUCACCUAGCAAGCAUCCCUAUACAACAGAUGUUCCUGAUACUGCACUAAUUAUAAGGAGGCAUAGCCUGGCUAGCAACCUCUUCUCCUGCCUUCUAUUCAACGAGCUCGAGGCCUUUAACCCCCGAGAUCAGCUCGCUUUCGCCUAUGUGAGAGAUUUAAUGAGCCCCAAGAUCAAAAUAAACAUGUUCGAGGUCGAGGUAUUCGAGCACAUUGCUGUGGAGUACAGGCACAACCUCAAGGGCAGCGGAGGAGGAGGUGGGCAGGUGUUAAGUAAGAUAGCCUCCUCCCGAGACAUUGUCGGGAGCAGUUGUGAAGGCUACCUUUUGAAGAUGUGGGGAGAAUCCAAUGAUUAAAGAUUAAUAAAGCCAAAAUUAUUAAUGACAGAAAAGAUGUAUUGAAUUUGAGCAAGUUUGCUAUGCAAACACUAACCAGAUUUAAUACAGUUGUGCCGUCAAUAAUAAUUCUUACUGUAUUAAUAUCAUAAGAAAAUAACCAAGUUAUUAGUGAUAUCUCUCUCUGUCGUGCAUCUAUGGCGAUGCGACGUACCUUGGAGAAAGCCACUACCAGAAGAACUGUGAAGGUGAGGGCUUGGAACCUUAAUUCUUUUUGAAACUUUUCACUGGGGGAUAAAGAAAUCACAGGGAAGGGUCCUCUGAAGUGAGUGGGUACAUGUUGGGGAGGUUUGAUUGGUAAUGUAGCACAUAGGGAAGGGAGCUAUAAUUUGUCCCUUCCUUUUAGGUUUGGCCCAUUUGUUGAUAGAUUAUUCAUUGAUUCAUUGUUUAGUGCUCCUUGUGUGAAAUAAAAUCCUGAAGAAAAAGGUAGCCAUUCUUUUCUUCUGGCCUUUGUGGAGAUUGUAAAUAACAAAUUAUUAAUUCUUGUCCUGGAUUUUGGACCUCCUUA